AUUAUUAUCAUUAAUAUCAAAUAUUUAUAAAUAUUAUUGUAUCUUUAUUUUAUUAUUUAUUUAUAGAUUAAAAAAUCGAAUUAAUUUAUAAAAAUGACACCAGAUAUUAAAUUAAAAAGCGAAACACCAGUUCGUAAUAUUCACACUUUAUUAUUUGAUUUAGAUAAUACAUUAUAUCCAAAAUCAUGUGGCUUAGCCAGCCAAGUCAGUGCUCGUAUCACAAAGUAUAUGUCAAAUUUCUUAAAUUUACCAGAAGAAGAAGUUGAUAAAAUUAGAAAUCACUAUUAUAAAACAUAUGGAUUAACAUUAAAAGGAUUAAUGAUGAAUCAUCAAGUUAGUACAGAUCACUAUUUAGAUUUUGUUCAUGGUGGAUUAGAUUUAAAGAGUCAUAUUAAAACAGACGAACGUUUAAGACAAUGUUUAAUGGGUGUAAAGAAAUCUGUUAAAAGAGUUAUCUUUAGUAAUGCAGAUAUUGGUCAUUGCAAACGUGUCACCAAAGAAUUAGGCAUUGAAGAUUGUUUUGAAGCUUGGCUCGACUAUUUAGAAUUAUUAGAUUUUUCUAAACCACAUCCAAUGGCCUAUCAAAUGGCAAUGAAGAAGGCCGAUACUACCGAUGCUGCAGGUUGUGUUUUCUUUGACGAUGUAGUUGAAAAUCUUGUUGAAGCUAAAAAAGCUGGUAUGUUUACUGUUUUAGUUGGUGGUAAAUCCGAUGAUGAACACAUAGAUUAUUGUAUAGAAGAAAUUCACGAAUUUGUCAAUAUUUUCCCAGAAGUUAUGGAGUUAAGUUCAAAACAAGAAUAAAAUCAAUUUAUAUAAUAUAACUAUCAAAUAGGCGCUUAAAUUUUUUUUUUUUAUUUUUUAUACAAAAAUCUAAAAAAAACUAUAAUUUAAAUAAAAUUUGUAAAGAUAAAAUUUGUAUUAUUAUUACAAAAUUUUAUAAUAAUUUUAAAUAUAUAUUUAUAAAUAACC